CUGGUCACUGUUCGUCUUCAAGAAAGACAAGCGAGGGUUUUCUUUAUCUUACACUGAGUGGUCGGAGACCAAAGAAGAAGAAAGCGACGAUCAAUCAUGGCUAUGGCAAGCUUCGCUAGACGGAAGGCUUACCUUCUGUCGAGAAAUUUAUCCCCGGAGACUCUCAGGUACUCCCUGUCUCUAGCUUCUUUCUCCAGGGGAUUCGCUUCGGGAUCUGACGAAAACGACGUCGUCGUCAUUGGUGGUGGCCCUGGUGGGUAUGUCGCCGCCAUUAAAGCGGCUCAGCUUGGUCUCAAGACCACUUGUAUCGAGAAGCGUGGCGCCCUUGGUGGCACCUGCCUUAACGUUGGCUGCAUCCCGUCCAAGGCACUGCUGCAUUCUUCCCAUAUGUACCACGAGGCAACACAUGCAUUUGCCAGCCAUGGGGUGAAAUUUCAAUCUGUUGAGGUAGAUUUGCCAGCCAUGAUGGCGCAGAAAAAUAAAGCUGUGUCUAAUCUUACUCGCGGUAUUGAAGGUUUAUUCAAGAAAAAUAAGGUAAGCUAUGUGAAAGGAUAUGGCAAAUUUACCUCCCCAUCCGAAGUCUCUGUGGACACCAUUGAUGGUGGGAAUACUGUUGUAAAAGGCAAGAAUAUUAUAAUUGCAACUGGUUCUGAUGUGAAAUCUCUGCCUGGUGUCCCUAUUGAUGAAAAGAAAAUUGUAUCAUCAACUGGUGCCCUUUCUUUGUCGGAAAUCCCCAAGAGACUUGUGGUCAUUGGGGCAGGCUAUAUUGGGCUGGAAAUGGGAUCAGUAUGGGGCCGACUUGGCUCUGAGGUAACUGUUGUUGAGUUCGCCCCAGAUAUUGUUCCAACCAUGGAUGGGGAAGUUCGAAAGCAGUUCCAGCGUUCUCUUGAAAAGCAAGGAAUGAAAUUCAAGCUGAAAACUAAGGUGGUAGGAGUGGAUGCUUCUGGGGACGGUGUGAAGCUGACAAUUGAACCAGCAGAUGGAGGUGACACGAGCACUAUCGAAACAGAUGUUGUUCUUGUAUCUGCUGGUAGGACUCCAUUCACAGCUGGACUUGGGUUGGACAAGAUUGGAGUUGAAACUGACAAGGUGGGACGGAUUUUAGUUGAUGAAAAAUUUAUGACAAAUGUGCCUGGAGUUUAUGCAAUUGGAGAUGUGAUUCCAGGUCCAAUGUUAGCACACAAAGCAGAAGAGGAUGGGGUAGCUUGUGUAGAGUACAUUGCUGGUAAGGUUGGCCAUGUCGAUUAUGACAAGGUCCCUGGGGUUGUGUAUACACAUCCUGAGGUCGCAUACGUUGGGAAGACUGAAGAGCAGGUGAAGGCACUUGGAAUUGCGUAUUGUGUGGGGAAGUUCCCUUUCUUGGCUAAUAGUAGGGCUAAGGCAAUCGAUGAUGCCGAAGGACUGGUAAAGAUAUUGGCUGAAAAGGAGACAGACAAGAUUUUGGGGGUGCAUAUUAUGGCACCCAAUGCAGGAGAGCUCAUUCAUGAAGCGGCCGUAGCCUUGCAGUAUGGUGCAUCGAGUGAGGACAUAGCACGUGUUUGCCAUGCACAUCCGACAAUGAGCGAGGCUGUAAAAGAAGCUGCAAUGGCCACUUUUGACAAGCCCAUUCACAUUUGAUCACCUCGUUACUUGGUUUCCAUUUUGCCCAACAUUUUUUACCUUGUGUUCCAAGCAGAUUCAGGUGUUUAAAUCCUGAUUGGCUCUUCACUUGCUUAUAUUUCUAAUAAUUUACUGAUAUUCAUAAUAACAAGAGUAACUGUGUUCAUUUUAUUCUCUCAAUGCAAUGCUUUUUUGACUGCC